AAUCAAAGGCGCUCAUCGGACAUUGUCAAGAAGGCGCCGACACAUCUGCCUCUUUACUGUAUGUCCAGGCUACGGCGGGGUUUUUUCCCCCCUUUAAACACACACAAACCUCCAUUUCAUGAAGUUUGACGUUUUUAUCUUAUUCUUUUUGUUCGUGAUGUAGUUCCCAAUAUUUCGCGCUAACGUCCAACUUCCAAAAAGAAAGCCGCCGUCAGGCUAACUAGCUCGCCGAUGCUAACGUCAGCGGACGAGUGUCGUGUGGAUGAAGCCUCGGCGAGGUCGACUCGGAUACAUUUUCUUGCGAGCCGCCAAUAAAUAAAGAAGACGACAACGGCUGCCCACUAACCGAGAGGUCGGUUGAAGAGGAGGUUGUUGUGGGGAAAGUCUUGUGGCCCUGUUGGUGUCAGAAUAACGGGCUACUAUGGCGGUGGCUCCUACCUCCAUUGGAGACAAAAUCAUCAUCCUGGACUAUGACGAAGAGGAGUCUCCCCGACCGUCGUCUUCCGCUUUGGCCUCGUCCACUUCUCAGGAUAAAGCCCGAGCCGUCUCGUCCCUCCGAGCACGGCAGCCCACCGCGACCCACAUCACCCAGUCCCCUUUUGCGACGGCCAAGAAGGAGAAGCACGUUCUUCAAGCAGAGAAUGAAAAGUUAUUUUCAGAGUUUGUAGAAUACUGCUCUGCGAUGACAGAGGACUGUCCCCAGGUGUUGGCCUUCCUUCAAACCAAGCACUCCAAAGCCUGUCCGGUCUACCUGACGUCCGUGGAGUUCCGCAACAGUUUGGGCCGAUGUUUGACCCAAGUUCAGGCGAACCGCUCCAAGACCUUUGUCUACAUCAACGAACUGUGCACGGUGCUGAGGCAGCACGCCGCCAAGAGGAGGCAGACAGUGACUGCGGUCGAGCUCGCUCCCUCUACCUCGACAUUGAAUUGUCUACCGUCUACUUCGGCUGAGUGCCAAACCAGAAGUCAGGCUAAAGUUGGGACGAGUAAGCAGGAAGCUAGCGGCAAACCAGCAGCAGAAGAUAAGAAACAGACUACGUCAGACCUUCAGGAUGACGAGCAGAAAGCGGAGAAAAAGGCAUCACGGGCGUCUAGGAAACAGAUCGCAUACCUAGAGAAGCUGCUGAAGGUGUACAACGAUGAGAUCUGCCAGCUUCAGCGUGCUGAGCUGUCUCUAGACGACCUGGGGGCUGAGGACUCCUUGUACAUCCAGGAGCACAAGCUCAAGCGCAAGAUGAUGAAGAUUUACGAAAAGCUGUGUGAGCUGAAGGGCUGUGGAUCACAGACGGGCCGAGUCAUCGAGCAGAAGAUUGUUUAUAGUAGCACGCGCUAUCCAGAGAUCAACAAGAGGAUCGAGCGCUUCAUCAACAGCCCUGAGGCCCGGAAGAACCCGCCUGACUACCAGGACAUCCUGCAGCAGGUCCUGCUAGCCAACAAGCGCCACAACCUGUGCCUGAGCAGGAAGCAGCUCAACCAGAUUGCCCAGGAAGCCUUUAGGGAGACUGGCAGCCAGAUCCAGGAGAGGCGGCACCUGGAUCUGGUCUACAACUUUGGUUCCCAUUUGACGGAUGGCUAUGUGCCCGCCAAAGACCCGGCGCUGAUGGACCAAUCGCUGCUACGGAAGCUGCGCUCAAACCGGGAAGUGGCUCUGAACCACCUGGAGGACGUCAUCAGCAAAUAUGCAGUCCAACAGGAGGACACAGAGGAGCAAGACAGGAUGCGACGACAGGGCAAAGACAGCAAGGAGGGCCCAAAAGCAGAAGGAACCAAAGCAGUCAACGAGGUGGAGGAAGACGAAGAGGAGGAUGAAGACGAUGCGUCCUCAGAUCCAGACAUCGAGGACGAGAUCCAGGCCAGCACCCAGCAGAAUGGUGCAGACGAUGGCGACACCGAGGAGGAAAAUGGCGACAACGAGGAGGAGGAGGAGGAGGAUGGCGACAACGAGGAGGAGGAGGAUGGCGACAACGAGGAGGAGGAUGGCGACAACGAGGAGGAUGGCAACAACGAGGAGGAUGGCAACAACGAGGCGGAUGGCGACAAUGAGGCGGAGCAAACAUUGGACGCCCACAACACGGAACACCAGACGUUGCCAAGAAGCGUCUGUGUGGCCGAGGCAACAACGGGAAACGUAAAAGACAAGGCGCUGACGAGUGGGGGGCUUUCCCCUCUCUCCGAUGUCAGCGAGUCGCUUAUCACGCCACUGCCGGACGUCAUAUCUUCUAGCAACAGUCCCAGCCAGUCGGAGUCUUCGCAUACACCCUCAGCCAACGGUACCAGCAACAUAGCCAACGACAGGGCAUCCUCGCCAAUGCUCCCAGCAAUGUUUGCAAAGUGCAACUCCCCCUUUUCUAACGGCACAUCGCCACUGGGAAAGAGCCUGAAGAGGAAGAGGACGGUCAUAAAGAAUCACAUCAGUGUCAACGACAGGGAGGUGGGUAUGCUGCUGGAUAUGGGUGUCAUUAGCGCCUCUCCACCGCGGGCUGAGGCCGAUCAAGCCGAGACGUCGGACUGUGAACUGGUCAGCAGCUCGCAUUCACCACCUCCCAAGAAAAACAAGGUCAACGUCGCCACUCAGUGCGACCCUCAGGAAAUCAUUGAGCUCUCAGACUCGGAAUGACGUUUCUUCAGUGCGGUCAGUGACAAAUUGACCAAGUCCUGCCGCCACAUGUCAAAAGAAAAUAAACACUUAUGUCUUUUAGCUGCUCGAUCGGAUGUGAACUUCCUCUCAGGAUGCCCCAAAACACAUUUUUUAAAGAGUGUUUGUGGUCCCCACCAUCGGGGCGCUAGUACACAAGUCGGUUUACAUUUUUUAUACUGUUUUUAUUGCGUGAGCUGGUCCUGCUGUCAUGUGUUCACUGCAAUAUUUUAAACAUGUUUUCACCUUCUUUUUUUUUUUAGUCCAAAGUCUUAUUUGAAAAUCCUGAGGUGAGUGUCAAUGGAGCAUCUAAAAGUGGUCACUUUUAGAAUUUUAGUGCUUUAGCGAGAAGCAGCCCUUGUGAUUUAUAGUGCGAGUGUAGCCAUCCAACUUUGACCUAAAAAAACAAAAAAACAAAUAAAGUUUAUAUUUUGUAUCAUGAUUCACUUGACCUGACCACUGAUUAUUUUGGAAUAGAUGCAGGUGACCCAAAAUUUGACCAGACUAGAGUAAUAGUAAUACAAAUAAAUGGGACCAAUGAUGCUUUUACUUUUAUGACCUCGGAAAGUUGUUACAAUGUGCGAUAUUCAUGCAGAUAGCUGAGGGGAAUUUUGCAUUGUUUAAACAGGUUUAAACAAUGCAUUAUCUUUCCACUUCAUGCUUUAAUCACGACAAUUUGUCAAAAAUGUUCCAUUCUUGGAACUAGUACCAAAACAUUGAAAUGACAAAAUGGCUUUUUGUGACUUAUACCAACAUUUAUGCAUUCACACUUCCACUAAUAAAGACAAACACGCAGCAGGUGACAACCAUACAUGCCAACCUUUAGACCUCCGAAUUAGGGAGAUAUUCCCUCUUAACUUUUCAUGUGUGUGAGGAAACGCAAAAACUACCUGAGCUCACAUCAGACGUGCAGCUGUUCUCAACCGCUUGUACUUUAGACUUAGACUUCCUUUUUAUUGUCAUUCAAAUUUGAACUUUACAGCACAGAUAAGAAUGAAAUGUUGCAUUAGCUCAUGGUAGUGCAGGAUAAAAAAGCAACAAGGUGCCUAAAUAAACAGAUUACUGUACAGAUAAAUAUAUCGCACUUCUUUCAUAUGCAUCCACGUUUAUGAAUGUAUGUUAUAUUGUCUUUUUAUUCCAGCGAGUUAAUCCAUUUUGGGGGGAAUUGAGGGGAUAAUUAUGAUGCGUUCAAGAGUUUUAUGGCCUGAGGGAAGAAUCUGUUACAGAACCUGGAGGUUCUGCUUCGGAGGCUGCGGAACCUCUUUCUAGAGUCCAGCAGUGAAAACAGUCCUUAGUGGGGUUGGGAGGAGUCUUUGCAGAUUUUUUGAGCCCUGGUCAGGCAGCGGCUUUUUGCGAUAUCCUGGAUAGGAGGAAGACGAGUCUUAAUGAUCUUUUCCGCCGUCCUCACCACUCUCUGGAGAGACUUCCAGUCUGAGGCACUCACAGGGUUGCAGUAUCCUCUCUCAGCUGCUGACAAUUUAAAAUGUCUUAUUAUAAUAAUCAAAUAAAAGCAGUCAUUUCCGUGAGAUUAUUUUCUAAAAUAGAUUAUUUGGCCCACUUACUUUAAAAAUAACAAAGAAACGUGUUUUUCAUGAGCUAUUAGUAUUGUAUGUCUGGUUGAGGGUUCUGUAUCGAAAAUAAUUAGCACCUCUUUCAGAGAUUACAUUUAGGUCCCCUUAAAACAUUCCCAUGUUGCACAAUGAGAUGCAAGCAUGGGAUAAAGUGUAUGGCAGACACUGACCCGUUUUGCUAGAUAUACGUUUAUUUACUAAUGUGUUUGGUGUGGUCACGGCCGACAAACAGUUUUGCUCAAUAAAGUAAAUGAUGGAAUUCUUGUCCUCCUUCCAACAAUCGAACAGCGUUGACAAUUAUUAUCUGUUGUGGCCGCUUGUCCUCACCUGUCACUCAAUACUGGUGACAAAACACUGAAUACAUGUAGCAGCAAAUAUGGCUGCAAACUUAUACUUUGACGAAAUAAAAGCUUGUUUUAUUGUAA